CCUGAGCUGAAUCCAGAGAGUUAUGGAUUAUCCCUAGAUGACAACCAUAGAUAUAAAAUAAAUGACAUGUUGUACACCCCAGAGACCCAUGAACUAACAAUUAGUGAAUUAGUGAAACUUUUGCAAAAUGUGUACUGUGGUACUUUGUCUGCUGAGUUUGAACACAUCCAGAAUUUGGAUGAGAGAGUGUGGUUUGCCAAAAGGAUGGAAAAGUUUCCUAUAAGAACCCUCACUAAUGAUCAGAAGGUACAUUAUGCUAAACUCAUGCUCAAGUCUCAGGCAUUUGAUCAUUUCCUGGCCAACAAGUUUACGACGGUGAAGAGGUAUGGAGGAGAGGGUGGGGAGAGCGCCAUGAUAUUUUUUGAUUAUCUCUUCCAACUAUCCGCCCAGAAUGACCUGGACAGCAUGGUGAUAUCAAUGAAUCACAGAGGGAGGUUGAACUUACUGACUUGUUUGCUCAAUUUUCCACCUGUUACCAUGUUUCAAAAAAUGAAAGGAAGGAGAGAGUUCCCUGAUGGAGUGAAAGCCAGUGGAGAUGUCCUCUCACAUCUCACAUCGUCCGUUGAUCUGGAGUACGACGGGAGACUCAUCCACGUGACCAUGGUUCCGAAUCCAUCUCAUCUCGAGGCGGGAAAUCCCAUAGCUACUGGAAAAGCCCGAGCCAGAAUGCAGUCAUUGGCUACUGGCUACUACGGAAACAGUGAUGGCCCGAUUAAUAAUAAUAAUAAUAAUAACGGAAGGCGCAAUCGAGUUCUAUGUUUGCAUGUUCAUGGUGAUGCUGCCAUGUCUGGACAGGGCAUCGUAGCAGAAACGUUCCUAUUAGCCAACGUUGCUAAUUUUUCAGUGGGCGGGACCUUGCAUCUCAUUAUUAAUAAUCAGAUCGGUUUCACCACUGAAGCCGAUAGAGGAAGAUCUAGUCACAACUGCAGUGAUAUUGGCAAAAUGAUUGACUGCCCUGUUCUAAGAGUCAACGCUGAUUAUCCUGAGAGUGUAACACGGGCUUGCGAAAUAGCAACUGAGUAUAGGGAGAGGUUUGAGAAGGACAUCAUCGUCGAUUUCAUUUGUUACCGGAAGUGGGGGCACAAUGAGUUGGACGAGCCCUCGUUCACCCAGCCAAUCAUGUACAAGGCCAUCAGGAGCCGGUCUAACGUCCCGGACUUAUACACAGAUUUGCUCGUUCGAGAGAAAGUAUGCACCCGAGAUGAUUUGACGUCUGAUGUCGCGAAAUGGAACGAAUACCUAUCUGAACAGCUAAAACUUAUUGAUACGCACAUCCCUAAGGCCAAUCAUUUAACUCGUCAGUGGGGUGGCAUGAGCAAGUCGACCAAUCAGAUCACAGUCUGGGACACCGGUGUUGAUAUCGAUGAUUUGAAAUAUAUUGGCGCCAAAUCUGUCACCUUACCGCCAAAUUUUCGACCCCAUCCGACCCUGCAAAAGAGCCAUAUCGACAGACGACUCCAAAAAUUGGUCGGGGGCUCGGACAUCGAUUGGCCGACGGCCGAAGCCCUCGCUGUAGGUUCACUUUUAAAUCAGGGCAUGCACGUGCGUUUGAGUGGUCAGGAUGUCGGUAGGGGUACGUUCAGUCACAGACAUGCCAUGUUCGUUGAUCAGCUGACCGAUGAGGCUUUCGUGCCCCUAAACCAGUUGAGACCUGAUCAGAAGGGCUUUUUUGAGGUAGCAAACAGUCCCCUCUCAGAAGAGGCAGUCCUCGGUUUUGAAUACGGCUUCAGCGUGGAGGGUCCCAACGUCCUAACAAUAUGGGAGGCCCAAUUUGGAGACUUUUUCAACGGGGCCCAGAUCAUUAUUGAUACCUUCGUCACUGGCGGAGAGACAAAAUGGCUGAUGCAAAGUAGUUUGACUCUUCUACUUCCACACGGGCUAGAUGGCGCUGGUCCAGAGCAUUCUUCCUGUAAAAUCGAAAGGUUCCUUCAGGCUACAGAUAGUAAGGAGGACGGAGUGGAUGCCGAUGACGUCAACAUUCAAGUAGCCAAUCCCACGACGCCAGCUCAGUUUUUUCAUCUUUUAAGAAGACAGAUGGUUAGAGAUUACAGAAAGCCGUUGAUCGUUAUAGCACCAAAAGGUUUAUUAAGGCACCCCCAAGCAACAUCUAGCUUAUCUGAAAUGUCGCCAGGAACCUUCUUUAAACCUAUCUUACCUGAUGACACUCUUGAUCCUAAACAUGUAACUAAGGUUGUCUUUGUAUCAGGAAAGCAUUAUUAUACUUUGCUGAACGAACGAGAUAACAGGAAGAGGAAUGAUGUAGCACUCAUUAGGAUUGAAUCUCUCUGUCCAUUCCCAAUAUUGGAGAUACAAGUCGAAUUGAAAAAGUACAAAAGGGUUAAAGAAUAUAUAUGGAGCCAGGAAGAGCAUAGAAACCAAGGGGCUUGGUCAUUUGCCAACACCAGACUCAGUAACGUACUCGGGCUAAAGUUGAGGUACAGUGGACGGAAGGAGGGGGCCACACCGGCUGUGGGCAUUGGGGAGAUCCACAAGAUGGAGGCCCAGUCUAUCGUUGAUAGCGUCUUUAAAUAA